AUGACGUUUCUUCAGUUCCAAAAAAUUGAAUGUUCCAAUUAUUCUGCUCCAAUUACCGUAAUCCCACCAAUCAAUGGGCCGACACAAUUGAUUUUGGAUUUCCGACUGUUAUCAGAUGAGCAGUUAUGCAACAGCCGUCGAAAAAUUCCAAAAUUCAACAAGUUGCAUCUAGGAGGAGCCAGUUACAUCACAACUUGUGAUGAGUGUCCACAAUGCUACUUCACCUUCCCAAUGCAAUUUGAACUUCCAAUUUCCUUUUCAAUCGAUCGUCUCUUCGUCAUCUCAAAAUCUCAACCCCAUCACCAAUCAGCCACUGAUGUUCCAAUUCAUUACGUGAUUGUUGAAAAAAUGCCCACUGGUCUUUCUCUGAGAAAUUGUCGAAUUUAUGUCCCAACCAUUGCUUCUCCGAUUUCCGAAAAUUUUCAGAUUAAAUUCUUGGCGGUUUUCUUUGUCACCGCGUUUGGUGUGAUGAUUUUGGUUCGAUGUUUUUGUAUUAAAUCGAGAUGA